ACCUACAUAUUCGUUGCGAGGCCGUGCUGUCGCUUUUGCCGUCACCGCUGAUGCUCUGGCGCUGUGCCGCUCGCGCCAAAACUGUGUCACUGGGUGGGUAGAGGCACAUCGCCGUAUAGUUAUUGUUGUAUCGGCGUGCGUCGGCCGGCUCGCGGGAUCAGUGGGUCGUCCGCGGCGGUCCGUGGAACAGGCGCAGCACAGCUCCGGCCUAUAGAGCGAUCGGCGAUUUUGUCGUCCGCGUGCGUGUCGUAGUCGUUAUUAUUACAUUUUCCGUCGAUUCAAAUAUACUGUCGUCGGUCCGGUUACGCGCGCGCGCCAGCGAAUCUCCGUCGUUCGCCGAGCUCCGGCCAGCACCGGCACCGAGACACCGGCCGGGUUGAGUAUUUGAACAUGUUUAAGAAAGAAAAACCAAUGAUGUCCGUGUCGGCCAUCAUACAGAGCAGGGCGGCUCACCACUGGAGUAGAGGAUUAAGAUUGGACAAUAAUCUGUCACUGAGUUCAAUGGGUCCUCAGUCGCCUCUAGACCUCAAACCGGACACGGCCACUCUAAUGGUUAAUUUUAGCCCUCCGGGAGCUCCUUUAAGUCCUGCAGGAUUAUAUAAUGUCGACCGGAACAGUAUGAUGAAUAAUUCUUGCAACGUACAAGAUUCUCCGAAUUACCCGCCCAACCAUCCACUCAGCGGUUCGAAACAUCUGUGUUCCAUAUGUGGCGAUCGUGCCAGUGGAAAACAUUACGGGGUCUACAGUUGUGAAGGGUGCAAAGGGUUCUUCAAACGCACUGUGAGGAAAAAUUUGUCUUAUGCGUGUCGCGAAGAAAACAAAUGCAUUAUCGACAAGCGUCAACGAAAUCGGUGUCAGUACUGCAGAUAUCAAAAAUGUUUGACCAUGGGCAUGAAAAGAGAAGCUGUGCAGGAAGAAAGGCAGCGUACAAAAGAACGAGAUCAUAACAACAUCGAAGUUGAGCCCACAAGCAGUUCUAAUACUGAUAUGCCAGUAGAACUCAUAUUAAGGGCUGAGAAUAAAGCUGAUGCUAUAAAGACUGAACAACAGUAUAUAGAGCAACAACAUCCUCAACAUACUGUUGGUGCUAUUUGUCAAGCAACUGAUAAGCAGUUAAUACAACUUGUUGAGUGGGCCAAGCAUAUACCACAUUUUAAAAAUUUACCUCUAGGCGAUCAAGUUUUAUUAUUGAGAGCUGGUUGGAAUGAGUUGAUGAUUGCAGCAUUUUCCCAUAGAUCAAUCAGUGUAAAAGAUGGUAUAGUUUUAGCUACUGGACUUACUGUUGACAGAGAUUCAGCUCACCAAGCUGGCGUUGAAGCUAUAUUUGAUCGUGUACUCACUGAACUUGUUGCUAAAAUGAGAGAUAUGAGUAUGGAUAGAACAGAGCUUGGCUGCUUGCGUACUAUUAUUCUUUUUAAUCCAGGUUCAAAAGGUUUGCAGUCUGUGAAUGAAGUGGAGAUAUUACGUGAUAAGGUAUACGUUGCGUUAGAAGAAUAUUGCCGUACAACACAUCCAGAAGAACCUGGGCGAUUUGCUAAACUACUUCUUCGGCUUCCUUCAUUACGCUCAAUAGGUUUAAAAUGUCUGGAACAUUUAUUCUUUUAUAAACUUAUUGGGGAUUCGCCAAUUGAUACAUUUUUAAUGGAGGUUCUUGAAUCAUCAUCACAUGAUGUUCAAGUAGCCACAUGAUUUCUAAAAAUUUUGAUAAUUAAUAAUACUAUUACUUGAAUAUAAUGGUUAUACAUUUAUAAGCUAUUUAUUAGG